GUCAUCACUAAGGAAUGCAAACAGCCCCUGUGCGAAUUCCGAUUACCCCUGGAGUCCUGCUAUACAAAAACCUGCAUCCAUCCAUCCAAGAUCACUGGUACUUUUGAGCUCAUCCAAGCUCACCUGGGUUCCCUUGUCUUUUUGGACAAGCACAACAAAACCGGCGCCCUUUCUUGGCACGCACGCUCUCUCCAUCCCGCUUUGUACAACUUUUUGACAGAAGAGGAGUCGGUCGAAUAGACAAAAGCUUUGGCGGCGGUGGGAAAGAUCAGCCCCUUUCUAAUCGCGCUAAACUGUCCGCGCCCCAAGGCCGCCUCCUGCCUUCCAUCUUCCGCAGCGGGCAUUCCCCACGGGCUCCGGCCGGGUCGCAGCGAAGAAGGCCGGACUGCUGUGCUGCUUUCCCUCGGAUUCCGCGCGAGCAGCCCCCCAGCACCGUUUUUCGGGAGGAGGCCCGGCGGGAGGGCCCGCUGCCUGCGUCAGCCGGCCUCUUUCCUUCCUCGCUGCGCUCCGGCGCGCAGACUCCAAAAGCAGCUCCACCCCGGAGGCUCGCCAAGGACGGCGAAGGAGAGCGGCUGGCUGCUGAGGCUGGCCCGCCUUGCGGGCAUCCAGCAGCCUCAUGGAGCCGGGGCCGGCAGGGCUGGCCUGGCCCUCCCCUCCUCGCCGGCGGCGGCGGCAGGUGCGGUUGUGAUUUGACGGAAGCAAGAUAGGACAACCUCCCCUGCCUCCUGCGUAGAGAUAACCCCUUGCUGAUGGCUUCCCAAGGAACACCCAAGGACUCGUUCCACUGCGUGGCGAUCAUCUUCUUCCUCCUCGGCCUGGGAACCCUUCUCCCCUGGAACUUCUUCAUCACGGCUAUUCCGUAUUUCCAGUCCAGACUCGUUGUGGGGAACUGCUCGGCUGGUGAGGAGGACUGGAAUCGGACGGCCCCGGGCCUCGAACCCGCAUCCCACUGCAGCGAUGACUUCAACUUCAGCAACUGGCUGGCCCUUCUCUCCCAACUGCCUCUGCUCCUGUUCACCCUCCUCAACUCCCUCCUCUACCAAUGCAUCCCGGACAAGGUCCGCAUCCUGGGCAGUCUUUUGGGGAUCCUGUUUCUCUUCUCCUUGACGGCGACCCUAGUCAGAGUGGAGAUGGCACCCCAGAGCUUUUUCUCCAUCACCAUGGCGAGCGUCUGGUUCAUUAACUCUUUCUGUGCCGUCCUCCAGGGCAGCCUCUUUGGGCAGCUGGGCUCCUUCCCACAAAACUACAGCACGCUCUUCUUGAGUGGCCAGGGCAUGGCCGGAUCCUUCGCGGCUAUUGCCAUGUUGCUGUCCAUGGCCAGUGGCGCUGAUGCUCAGACCUCUGCUUUGAGCUACUUUGUCACUCCCUGUGUUGGGACCCUGAUCUCAAUCAUCUGCUACCUCUUCCUGCCACACAAGGACUUUGCUCGUCACUACCUGAACAGGAAACGCCAGGAAGAAGAGCCGGGCUGGGAACUGGAGACCAAAACUGGACUUCUUCCCCCAGAGGGUGGUGCUCCCGAUGGCUCCAAAGAGGAACCGCUGCACGUGAGCAACGGGAAGGUCUUGGCCCUGGAGCAGGUGGAGGUGAAGUGCCCUCCAGGGAUGAUGAACAAGAGUAACGGGGCAGGCCUGGCCCCACCCAAGCCGUCGGCCCUGGGCGUGCUCAGGAAGAUCUGGCAGCUGGCCCUGUGCAUCGUCAUGGUCUUCUCCGUCACGCUGUCCGUGUUCCCCGCCAUCACGGCCAGAGUCGUCAGCGCGUCGCAGAACGAAACCUGGAGGAAGUUCUUCACUCCGGUCUGCUGCUUCCUUGUGUUCAACCUCAUGGACUGGCUGGGCCGCAGCGCCACCUCCUAUUUCCUCUGGCCACAGAAGCAUCUCCGGCUGCUCCCGGCCGUGGUGGGGCUCCGCCUCCUGCUGCUCCCGCUGCUGCUCCUGUGCAACGUCCCCUCCCGCUCCUACCUGCCUAUGCUCUUCCAGCAGGACGCCUGGUUUGUCCUCUUCAUGGUUGUCUUCUCACUCUCCAACGGCUACUUUGUCUCCCUCACCAUGUGCCUGGCGCCAAGGCAGGUGCAGCCGCACGAGCGGGAGCUGGCCGGUGCCGUCAUGACCUUUUUCCUGGCGCUGGGACUCUCCUGCGGGGCGGGCCUGUCCUUCGUCCUCCGGGCCUUGCUUUGACGGGUGCCCUCCUGCCAGCGACUGGGCCCGGACCCCACGACGGCCUCUCUGCUCCUUGGGAAACCCUGGGGGGAGCUGGUCUCUGCCCCCUAAGCCCCGCGCCCACCUCCCCAAGUUCCAUUUCAAGCCCCCUCUGUAUGGCAGCUAGUUUUCUCCGGGGUGGGGAGAGGCGUUCCACCCGUCUUCCGACAAAGGGAAACGUGUGUGUGUGUUUUGUGUUUUGUGUGUGUUUUGUGUGCUGGGCGGAAUUCGAGCUCACCCGGUUCCCCUAUUUCCCCAGGAGUCUGAAUGUAUUUUCUGAAAGACGUCUGGGUUUUUUGGCUUAGGCCACGUGUGGGGAGGGACCGUGAGCAAGAGCACCCGUUUCCAGAGGCCGUGGAGGAUAAUGGCCUCUCCCACUCGUGGCCACCUGAUACGCACAAAAACGGAACGGGAGGCCGUGCCACACACAGCCUCCUCCUUCUUCCUCGGCUUUCGGUUUGAGGGAAUGUCACUGCAUGACGCACAAUUGCUCUGUGGAAUGUACUCCAAGGGUGUGAUCGCGGUGGGGCCAAGCAGAUGUUAGCACCAACGGCAAAACUAGCACUGAAUGUACUUUCCCCCCAUCCCUUUCCUCAUCACACGCACACAAAACAUCCAGUCCCCUGGGGCAAGUCAACCCAUACUCUCUGCCUCUCCCUCCUUUUAUUUUCAGAGCCUGUAUGGGUUCAGAUUGUUUGCUAAGCCCACAGGACUAGAAACUUGUCUUCGACUGAAAUACAAGGACCACAAGAUGUCCGUUUUUGUAGCAGCUUUUCCACGUCAGGGGGGGAAAAGGGGGUUGGAUGGAUUCAGGGCUGUAACCAGCUUUAAUGGAUCUUGAACUGCUGGUGGUCCUGAAGCUGUUUCUGGCUCACCGCUUGCAUCCUCUAGUCUAAAGAACUUAAGAACAGCACAGCUAGAUCAGGCCCCAGGCCUAACUCGUCCUGUUUCACACAGUGGCCCCCACCAGAUGCCACGGAGAAGCCCACAGGCAGGAGGCGAGGGCAUGCCUUCUCUCUUGCUGGGGCUCCCCUGCCACUGGGAUUCAGUGCCAGUUAUCUGUAAACCGCCCCGAGCCAAUUUUGGAAGGGUGCUAUAAAAAUUGAAUAAAUAAAAAAACUGAAUAAAUAAAAAUAAUCCUGCCUGUGAGGCUGGAGGUGGCCCAUAGGCACCAGACUAGUAGCCAUGGAGAGACCUGUCCCCGUGCAUUUGUCUAAGCCCCUUUUAAAGCCAUCCAGGCUGGUGGCUGUCACCCACCUCUUGGGGCAGAGAAUUCCACAGAUUAACUAUAAGAAUGCACCUCUUAUAGUGGUGGUUUUAUAAACUGGUUGGAGAAGUGUAAAAUAUCUGGGAUUUGGAAAUUUGUGGUGGGGAAAGGAAAGGGAAGAAAAAUCUCUCUUUUUUUUUUUUUUUUGGUCUUUUAGAAAGAGAUUGUGGGAUUCUCUUUAUGGGAGGGAUGUUUUGCAUUAUAGGUUAAAGCUGCUAUGCAGGAUGUGUCCUCCCUCCCCAAAGAAAGGCCCCUCUUUCAAGCUAGACAAUAGUUCACAGGAAACCGAGUGGUGCUACUGUGUGUUUAUUCUGAGUUUGGAAAGGGGAUGAUCAUGCUCAGCCUGCCAGUUUUCCUGUAUUAUGAUUGUAUUAUAGCCAUGCUUGGUUCUUGGGCUCGGUUCUCUGGGAAGAUCUACUAAAACUGCUCCCCCCACGCCCCUGGCGGGGACCAGCCCCAUUUGAAAACCAACCCUUGCAAGCUUUGAAAAUGGGAGCAGGGAGGAGAGAAGGUUGCCAGCAGCUGCCGCCUCCUCUCCUUGUGCUUUUUGCAAACCGUGCGAGGAGAGGUGCUUCUAAGGGACCGUUCUAAAGAGCUGCUCCAAGGGUGACAGCGAGGUGCAUUUUGCCACCCUCCUUGAUGCUCCAAUAAUCUGCCGCCUAAGGUGAUUGCCUCACCCUGCCUCAUGAAAGGGCCGCCCUUGAUUGAGCUAUUGUUGAUUCAGCCCAGUGUUGUCUAUCCAGCCUGGCUGAAGCAGCCUCGCCACCCAACACUGAUUUAACUGCAGAUUGACUUUAGGACCUUCUGCGUGAAAAGAUGUGCUCUAAUCUAGUUAACUGGGCCUUCCUACCCACCGACCCCAAUGGGUAGACCAGCUCUCCCUGGAAAACCAGGCCUCAAAAUGGUGCUAGAAACACAGCUGCUAAAGUGAUGAUGGAGAUUAUCGCUGAUUUCCUGAGGCGGUGUUAGAUAUAGGUACUGACCGAGCAGCUAGAUGCUGAAUGUACAGCCCCCCAGUGUAAGUUUGCGGUUAUGGGCCAGGGGUCUCCAACCUUGGGGUCCCCAGUGUAGUUGGACUGCAACUCCCAUAAUCCUUCAGCCAUUGUGACUUGAGAUGAUGGGAGUUGUAGUUCUACACCCUCUGGGACCUAAGGUGUAAGAAUCCCUGUUUUAGACAGAAGGCAGAUACAGCUCCUUAAAUUCGAAUAGCCUAACUAUGCUUACUAGGAAGUGAAUUCCCCUGAAUGUGUUGCCUUUCCACACAUUUCAUGGCAGCAAACCCCGGUUUACGACUGAGUUUACAUGUGAAAGGGAGUUGCACCCAAUCCUCAGACACUGAUGGGGGUUUCCAAAUGUGUUUCAGUCUCAAUAUUUCACUUUUAGGUUUACAUCUUUUAAAAUAAGUGUGUGAAUUGGUUUCAGUGGGCCUUCCUUCCAAGUAAACAUCUUUAGGAUUGCACUAUCAAAUUGUAUUUCUCCCUGCCUCUGUUCACAUUGCUCUUUCUGUGGGAACCACAUGACUUCUCCAAAGGAGGAAGUUUGGGGUCAAACAGAAAUAUUUGCAGUAUUUACUUAUCAACACCCAACUCGGCCCUGUUUCUUUAGUCCGACCCCCUAAUUGCAAGUGAGCUGCUUUGGUCUUUUGAUGUGGUUAAGCAAUAUGUCACAAAUUUAUCUGAAAUCCCCACAUUUCUUUGUAGACAAGAGACUUGCCUUCUAGGCAGAGGCUUAAUAUUAACUUUAUGAAGGAUCAAAGGGCAAUCAUGAAAAUAGGAUAUUCAUAUGUAUAAGUGAUCUUACUCUUUGUGGCAAGUGUAUUUUGUGGAAUAACUUAAGUUUCACCCUUUUUUUUAACAGACCCAUGGGGAGAGGGAAUCGACUGCAAUGGUUGCCUGUGAUGUUAGGUGGUGCUGUCCUCCCUUUUCUCCCCCCCCCCGCCCACUUAAAAUCACAUCUCCCAUUCCUUCCUUUCAGAUAGCUCCCCCUUCCUUUUCUAUUAAGGGAAGGGGAGAAGAAAAGCAAUUUUGAUGCCAUUUUCCCUUCUUUCCGCUGCAAGCCAUCUGUGGGGAGGGGGCUGGGGGGGCUGCUGUGCCACCCGAGACCUGGAAGCAGCCUGCCACACCUUGCCUCAUGGGAGAGCCGACCCUGAAAAACUUCCAGGAAGUGUCCUUUGGGGAUGAUGGUUUAAAUAGAUUCCAAACUCUUUAUGUGUCAGUUUUUGCUCUGUGUACUCUGUCGAACCUCUCUUCUUGGAAGGUGUGCAUCUAGCUGCUUAUUUAGCUCCCACUCAGUCAAUAAAGUUUUUUUAUAUAUAUAAAAUGCU